AUGCAAGUGCCGGUUCUCGGCUGCACUUUCCUCACGCUGUCAGAUCGUGAGGAAAGUACUGCCGAGAACCGGCAGUUGUCAGAGCAGGGAUCGGCACCGAUCAUCAGGGCACUGAUGAUCAGUGCCCUGAUGAUCGGUGCCCAGCAGUGCCCAGCAGUGCCACCCGCAAGUUCCGCCCACCUGUGCCCAGCAGUAUCACCCACCUGUGCCCAGCAGUGCACCCACCUGUGCCACUCUGCAGUGUCACACACUUGUGCCCAGAAGUGCCACCCACCUGUGCCCAGCAGUGCCACCCACCUGUGCCCACCAGUGCCACCCACCUGUGCCCACCCACCAGUGCUGCCCACCAGUGCCACCCACCAGUGCAGCCCAGCAGUGCUGCCAGUCAGUGCCACCAGUCAGUGCACAGGGGUUGUGCCAGUCAGUGCCCAGCAGUGAUGCCAGUCAGUGCCGUCUAUCAGUGCCACCUAUCAGUGCCGCCUAUCAGUGCUGCAUAUUAGUGC